AUGCCUCCACGACUAAUGGGGCUGCCAAUGCAGCUUCAGCAAUUCAUCGCCAAGCCCUUGCAGCAAUCUUCACCACUGGUUUUCCUGGCACCACAAUUCCAGCAGACACGCAAUGCCUCCAUUCUCUCCUCGCUCUCCGACAAUCCCUCCGCCUACAACAAGCGCAUCCGACGUGGUCGUGGUCCUGCCUCUGGCAAGGGUAAGACCGCUGGACGUGGUACCAAGGGUCAAAAGGCGCACGGAAAGGUCCCAUUCGGUUUCAAUGGUGGUCAAACAGCCGAUAUCGUGGUCAGCGGCACACGGGGUGAAGAAACCAACAUCCUCGCCCUCGAAAUGGCCCCUGUAAACCUCUCCCGCAUCCAAGAAUGGAUCGACCAAGGCCGCAUCGACCCAGCCCGCCCCAUCACCAUCCGCGAACUCACCCAAUCCCGCUGCAUCCACCGACACAAGGACGGCGUCAAGGUCCUGGGUGACGGUGCCGCAGCCCUCAAACAGCCCAUCCACCUCGUCGUCUCACGCGCCAGCGGCUCCGCGAUCGCGGCCGUCGAGGCCGCCGGCGGAUCCGUCGCAACUCGCUUCUACACCCGCAGCUCGAUCAAGCACAUCAUGGCGAACGAGACGCACCCCUUUAUCAGCUUGGCUUGGAGCGCUGAGAGCGGAUCCAAGGAGCUGCUUGCGGCGGAGUUUGCCAAGUUGAGCGUUGAGGGCGGCGCGAGCGUGGACAUCGAGGAGAAGAGUGUUAUGGAGGCUAAGGGUCUUCGGUACAGAUUGCCUGACCCCACGAGACGUCGUGAUAUUGAGUAUUAUCGUGAUCCGGCGCAUCGCGGGUACUUGAGUCAUUUGCUUAAGCCUUCUGAGGGUCCCAGUUUGUUCUUCCGUUCUCCUGAGGAGCGUAAGUCGGCGGCUGGUACUAAGAAGGAGAAGGUUCUGCCUGUGAACAGACUUUGGUAG